ACAGCAGCAGAGCGAGCAAGGAAGCAGGAGUAGCAGUAAGAUGAAUUAUGUGCACCACUCGGUGGUCGCUGCCGUCUGCCUGCCCGUGAUUGCGAUCUUCCUAUGGGUUCCUGCACUAGAGGCACACAGUAUACCGCCGCAACAGUCCCCGCCGGGAUCGGGGUACGGUAGCAGGUGGCUGAUACGGCCCGCCACGGACCACCGGAGCACCGGAGGGCUGGAUGCGGCCGGGCGACCGGAGCAACGCUUCGCCGCGCCCCGGAAGCUGUCGACGCAGCUCUUCAUCCCGGAGGCGACCGCCGGGGUGGUCGACGAGUCGAGCGCCGAGCACGACGGGAUCGAUCGCAGCUACCGGAAGGUGAAGAAGAUCGUGAAACACCACCGACCGGGACCGCGCCGCCUGAAGCCGGGCUGGGGCGCUCCCCGGCGGCGCCGGCCGAACCCGCACCUCUACACGCCCUUCUCCAAGUGGGGCCCGUGCGACUACUACUGUCACCAGAAGCGCGAGCGGUACUGCAUCGCCAAGCGGAAGUGUGGCAAUCACAUCGUGACCGAGGAGCGGAUCUGCCCGAAAAGCAUUUGUGUCCCGCUGCACAUUCCACCGAUCCCGACGGUGCACAUCGACGAGGAGACCCAUCACCACCAUUCGCCCGGGAUGCUGCCCCUGAACCAGUUCACGAUCGUCAACUUUGACAAGCCGCAGGAGAAGCGGAAGAAAAAGAAGAAAAUCAUCAUCCAGGAGGACGACGACUGGGAGGACGCGGACAGCGAGACGGACUACGUGAUACUGAAGAGUCCGACCACCGGCAAACCGGGGCCGGCGCCGCCGUUCCACCGGAAGGAGGAACUGCUGAUGCUGGGCAGCAAGAUCCGCGGCCAGCCACUGCUGAUCAAUCUGGACGACUUCGACGACAAGCGCAUCCUGUCGCCGACCAUUUCGCUCGCUCCGCACUACGACAACGGGUACGAGACGGCGGCCCACAAGUUCGUCAAGUACCCGCGGAAUCAUGCUCCGCGCCGGCAACCGACCCGGUUGAGUGACUUCUUCGAGGACUACUACGAUCACCUGUACCGCGACGGUACGGGAUUCGCCAACCGGAAGGGCGAAGAGUUCCCGGACGACGAUGGCUGGCGACCGAUCACGGUGCCGGCCCCGACAGCGAACCACAGCGAGCGGGUACCGGUGGUGGAGUCGCACCGGCUGGACCGGAACUAUGGGGCACUGUUCAAGCAAACGACCGAGUCGACCGUCCGGCUGGAGCGCAACGUGUCCCACAGCACGCACUACCAGCAGCUCCUGGAGUCGUUUUCGACGGCGGCCACGGGACUGGAAAGUGCGCGCCAGUCCAAGAGGGACACUGGCGAAGGUGACGCUGGCGAUGUGAUGUUAAAGUCCGGACCACCGGGGAAUCAGCGGCGUGCGCGGGAGAAGGCUGUUUUCGAGAUGCCACGCAAGGUGGACAAUCCGUACACGAAGUGGAGCAAGUGGACCAAGUGCACGGCCAAGUGUACGACGCGACGGCUGAAACGCUGCCGGGUGCCGUCAUUCUGCGGCAAUGACGUCAUCCGAGAGGUCGCCUACUGCUACACCGAGGGUAGCUUCUGCGAGGAGUGGAUCGGCACCCAGCUGUACCAGAGUAGCCGGAAUGUGGUAUUUCCGGCGCCUACGACAACCACGACGACCACGACGACCCCAGCGCCACCGAUGAUCGCGGUCGGACCUAACAAGCCGAACAAACCGCGCCGGACGCAACCGGGAUGGGGCCGGAGUGAUACGGUGGCGCUGCCGAGCACUCUGUCGGCGCAGAUAUUCUCCAGCCGGCGGGGACUCCUGCAGCCGGAGUAUCUGCCCCAGCCGCUGACCUGCGGGUUGCCGAUGGUGCGCGACAAGCCAAAAAAGAACUACCUGUACAACAUGCUGCGUAUCAUUGGCGGGAAAACGAGCCGCCGGGGGCAGUGGCCCUGGCAGGUGGCCAUCUUGAAUCGGUUCAAGGAAGCGUUCUGCGGGGGAACGUUGGUGUCGUCGCGCUGGAUUCUGACCGCGGCCCACUGCGUCCGGAAGCGGCUGUUCGUGCGGCUCGGGGAGCACAACCUGCAGCAGUCGGACGGGUCGGAGAUCGAGUUUCGCGUGGAGCUCAGCAUCAAGCACCCACGGUACGACAAGAAGACGGUGGACAACGAUGUGGCGCUGCUGAAGUUGCCGCGCGAAGUCGAACGGUCCGCCUUUAUCGGGUACGCCUGUCUCCCGGAACGGUACCAGGCGCUGCCGACCGGCCACACGUGCACCAUCAUCGGGUGGGGCAAAAAGCGCCACAACGACGACGCGGGGACGGACGUGUUGCACGAGGCGGAAGUGCCGGUCGUACCGAACGAGCGGUGCCGGGCCGUGUACCACGACUACACCAUCACGAAGAACAUGUUCUGCGCCGGCCACAAGCGUGGUCGGAUAGAUACGUGCGCCGGGGACUCCGGCGGUCCGCUGCUGUGCCGGGACGCGGCCAAGCAGAACUCCCCGUGGACCAUCUACGGUAUUACGAGCUUCGGCGAUGGCUGCGGCAAGCAGAACAAGUUCGGCAUCUACACCAAGGUGCCCAACUACGUCGACUGGAUCUGGUCCGUGAUCAACUGCGAUGGCAAUUGCCGGGCGUGAUGCACUCUCUGUCCGACGCGACACACAUUAACUUAUUGACCGGCGUCCUUGCGUCGUGAGCGUAAAGCUGUGGGUCAGGUUGCGCACCCGAAGAAAAUGAUCUUUUGAUAAUUAUUUAUUUGCGAAUAAGCGAGAAUAAUGUGUAUAGUUUAUUUACUGUUUAAAGAAAUAAAGUGAUA